AUGGCCGUUGAUACGCAGGAAGGUAACACGUGGCCCUAUGGCACUGGCGUGGGCCCUCCGCCCGGUCAGCUAUAUCGAUACAAGGAUUUAGGGUUUGUUACUUUGGUUAAGCUUUGCUUUGCUCCCCGGGGUAAUGGCCGGUCGGCUAUAUCGAUACAAGCACUUCGGGUUUGCAACUUUGAUCAACCUUUGCUUCCUCUCCAGGGUAAUAGCCGGUCAGCUAGAUCGAUAUUCAAUCUCGACUUUCAUCACACUGUUACAUGGAUUGAGCUUUUAUUUGCUCUCCGGGAUAACAAUCGGUCAGCUAUCGAUACAAGCACUUCGGGUUUCGCAACUUUGAUCAACCCUUGCUUUGCUCUCCAGGAUGACAAUCAUUCAGUUGUAUCGAUAUUCAACCUCGACUUUCAUCACGUUGUUAUAUGGAUUGAGCCUUCCUUCGCUCUUUAG